AUGGCUGCACUCGCCCGACAGGGCCUUGCUGGUGGGGACACCAUGGCCCUCGACCGGGUCCUUCACACGACUAAUAAUGCCGUUAUGGCAGCUACUGCUAGGGACAUAACUGGUCCUGAGGCUGCACAGAUCUUGUCGCACAUUUGCGUGGCGUUGGACAAGUCCCCGACCCGUGCCAUGGUCCUUGCGGAAUGGGCUCGCAAUUUACUAUUGGUCCAUGCUGGGUAUCUCUCGGGGCAUCCUGAGGACACCAGAGCAGCCAUCGCUCCUCUGUUGGAGUCUUUCCAUCAACGUAGUGCCUACUUCUCUGCUCUGUCGAAGCUGCAUGGUAGAGUACAAGCAAUUAUAAACGUAUGUACUGCUACUCAGCAGCACUCAGCCAAGCAGACUCCUCCCGAGCCUCUGGCGAAGCAUGGCGGAGACGACGAUGCUGCCUAUGAUAACGACGUCGCCAUGGACUCGGAUGGUAUGGCCUCUGAGAGUGACGACGACGAGGAGGAAGAAGGCUCCGACUCAGACUGAAGCCCUUCGAAGUUCAACCUGUCUUGAGACUGUA